UGGCCUCGCCCCACCCGGGCUCCUCCUAGCCCCAGGGACGGGUGCCAGGCCACUCCUCGCGGACCAGGAGCGGGGCCCAAAGUUCUUUCUCUGAACUGAUUGGCGCGGCGCCAAGUUUAGCACUUGUUUCCAAGUUCCAGUGACUCCGCCCCGUAGGGAUGGGAGGGAGAGUGCCGGGAGAUACAUAAAACCGGGGCAGAGGCCCCGGGUGGCCAGACGCGAAUUUGAGGCUCAAGCAACUGUACCUCGAGAACGACCGACUGCCCGGCACUUCUAACCCACAGCACUCUCGAACCCCAGGCCGGGUCGGGGUGGUGAGCCCGCCAGCGCACCUGCCCUCCCCACACCUGGGUUUUGCUCAGGGCAGCCUUCGCUCCUCAGCCUAGCCCCAGCCCCUGCCAGGCCCGGUGGGCAUCACAAUGAAGGCGGCCCGAUUCGUGAUGCGCAGCGCCAGCUCGCUGAGCGGCGCUGGCCUGGUCCCCCGCGAGGUCGAGCAUUUCUCGCGCUACAGCCCGUCCCCGCUGUCCAUGAAGCAGCUGCUGGACUUUGGUUCAGAAAAUGCAUGUGAAAGAACUUCUUUUGUAUUUUUGCGGCAAGAAUUACCUGUGAGGCUAGCCAAUAUCCUGAAGGAAAUUGAUAUCCUCCCUGAUCGAUUAGUAAAUACCUCUUCAGUGCAAUUGGUUAAAAGUUGGUAUAUCCAGAGCCUGAUGGACCUGGUGGAAUUCCAUGAGAAAAGCCCAGAGGACCAGAAAGCAUUAUCAGAUUUUGUAGAUACACUCGUCAAAGUUCGAAAUAGACACCAUAAUGUAGUCCCUACAAUGGCACAAGGGAUCAUAGAGUAUAAAGAUGCCUGUACUGUUGACCCAGUCACCAACCAAAAUCUUCAAUAUUUCUUGGAUCGAUUUUACAUGAACCGAAUUUCUACGCGUAUGCUGAUGAACCAACACAUUCUUAUAUUUAGUGACUCACAGACUGGGAACCCAACCCACAUUGGAAGCAUUGAUCCAAACUGUGAUGUGGUAGCAGUGGUCCAAGAUGCCUUUGAGUGUUCAAGGAUGCUUUGUGAUCAGUACUAUUUAACAUCUCCAGAAUUAAAGCUCACACAAGUGAAUGGAAAAUUUCCUGGCCAACCAAUUCAGAUUGUGUAUGUUCCUUCUCACCUUCAUCAUAUGCUCUUUGAACUAUUCAAGAAUGCAAUGAGAGCAACAGUUGAACACCAGGAAAACUGGCCUUCCCUCACACCAAUUGAGGUGGUUGUUGUCUUGGGAAAAGAAGACCUUACAAUUAAGAUUUCAGACAGAGGAGGUGGUGUGCCCCUGAGAAUCAUUGACCGCCUUUUCAGUUAUACAUACUCCACUGCACCAACACCCGUGGUGGAUAAUUCCCGGAAUGCUCCUUUGGCUGGUUUUGGUUAUGGCUUGCCAAUUUCUCGUCUUUAUGCCAAGUAUUUUCAAGGAGAUCUGAAUCUCUACUCUUUGUCAGGAUACGGAACAGAUGCUAUCAUCUACUUAAAGGCUUUAUCUUCCGAGUCUAUAGAAAAACUCCCAGUUUUUAACAGGUCAGCCUAUAAACAUUACCAGAUGAGUACAGAGGCUGAUGACUGGUGUAUCCCUAGUAAGGAACCAAAGAACCUAGCGAAGGCAAAAGUCGCUGUGUGAAGAAGGACAUCCAGGACACUUUAAGGGAUCAAAGUGCUUCUACGCCAGUGCAGCUUUCUGAACUUUUAUGUGUCAACUCGUGUUUCCUCAAAAACAAACAACAGCAACAGAAACUCCUUGAUCGAAAGACUGAUUGAGGAGGAGUGAGGCUUGUUUCUGUGACACAGGAGAACAUAGUGCAUGACUGGAGGAAUUAACAGAAGGCCAGCUCUUCAUUUUACCUCACUUAAAAUAACUCAUGAGAUUCUACCAAAUCCUGAAGAAGAAAUAGCCCUCAGAUUCCCAUCUCUUUACCUAAGACUGAGAAAGGGAAUGAAUGCGGAGACAUGUGUUAACAGCUUCACUAUACUGAGAUUUUGAACCUAUUGAUGUCAUAAGAUACUGGUAUUUCUUGAAUAUCAUGCGUCAAUAUAUCAGUGUUUUCCUGCCAUUCAAUAUCUAAAGGCUUAGUUUACGCUAUGUGAUUAGAAAUGUAUAUAAAUGUACCUUUUCUAUAUAUUUAUGUGCCCUAGGGAGAAGAGGUUGGUGACUAAAAUAACAUCCACUUUGAAUGAGCCAGAAAGAAUACAAAUGUCUCAUUCAGAGUUGCAGUGGGGGCAUUGGGGAUAUGCAAAAACUCAGAAGAAAGCCUUUUCUGAUAAAUACAGUUCCUUUAUUAUGCUGCCUUUUGUAUUCACACUUCAAAGCGAAUACUUUUUGACAGGUGCCUAGUCUUGGAUGAAUUUUAAAUUAUGCACUGAAUUCAGGAUGUUGAUGGUUGAAGGGGGAGAAGAAUUGCCAAAAUGAUAGCACCAGUGUCUCAUCUUUUUUUGUUUUUAAAUGAAACAGUAGGUUGGAAAAAACAGUGUUAGGUAAAGAAAUCAUAUAUUCACAACCUAACUUCACAGGAAGAGCUGUGGUCUACCCUGUGGUGGUAGUAAUCCAGGGGCAUCUAUUUUCUAGGCUUAAAAAAGAGGUAUUUUUGAUAUAUAUGAUUAUGUUCUGUAUACUCCAUAUCAUCACCAUGUCUGUAAAAAAAAAAAAAAAAAGCACUUCUAGUAGUCAAAUGUCUCAAGAACAUUAGAAUUUAAGUAGUUCUUGAAGCACUUUUAACAAAUAACCUGGAAGAAAGAGUUCUCAUGCCAGGGUGCAUUCACUUGGGAAUCAUUGAGACUGAGAGCUAAUGAAUGAAAGCUGUAAUGCAUAUGGCACAUUGCGGGGAUUAAAGGUAUAUAAUAUACAGGUUAGAGUCCUGGUGGUACAAUGGUUAGGAGAUCAGCUGCUAACCAAGAGUUCAGCAGUUCGAAUCCACCAGCCACUCCUUGGAAACCCUAUGGGGCAGUUCUACUCUGUCCCGUAGGGUUGCUAUGAGUCAGAAUCACCUCAGUGGCAAUGCAUUUAAUAUAUAGGUUGACAGGCCAGUGAUGAAGAGCACUCUUCAAGAAGGAGUAAAAAACAGGAAGGAAGACAGUAAGGGAGGAAAGCAGUAGGCAGGCAUUUUGACAUUUUCCCCACAAAUUAAUUUCAAUAAAUGAUCCAUAUUCUCAUGGAUAAAUUAUUGGCAAGAGGAUGAAUUGUUGGUGUCUUUCAAAAACAGUAUGCCUUCUUUAAAUGUCUUACUCUUUUAAGAUGGCAGGCUUUUCUGAGACAAUAAGCUCAUCUGUGUCAAAUAAAUGUUUAAACUGGAAUAUAGAAAGAAGUAGGAUUUUCUGCACCGUAAAAUAAUCAGUACCGUUUAUACGUUGAAUUUAACAUUUUUGUUUAAUUUUGUGGCAGCCUGGUAGUGUGGUAAUUGUAGUAGCAGUGGAAGCCUCAGACCGUUUGCUGUGAAUUUUGGAUGUUAUCAUCAGUGACUUUCAUGAUCUUGGGACACUGGCUUGCACAUUUAUUGAUGACACAAAAUUUUGAUUUGACUUUUCAGUUUUUUACUGAAAUCUUAAGUAAAUGUUUUUGCAUGUGAAUACUUGUAUUUACUAAAGAUUUAAAGCAGUUGAUUAAUUAACCCAGACACUGAAUUAUCUGUAAAACAUGAGAGAGAAAAAGAGACGUUAGUCUCUCAGUAGCAUCAACUGUGUAAGUGGAGUUCUAUAAAAUAAAAAUAUUCCAUGUUGAUAUUAGCAAAAUCUAUGUAAAAGCAUUAGAAUUCCAGUGGGUGGAUACAGGAAUGUUCGUGUCCCCUUAAAUUAUUAAUGUAAAAUUGUGUUUUUGUCUUUAGGCUAUGUACAGGAAAAAAUGUGAUAAUUUUUAUAAUAAAUUUUUUAUUAUAAUAA